AUUUAUCCUUAAUAUUAUUUACAGAAAUUAUGUUAGAUAUAAUAUUUAUUAUCCCUGACACAUCUCAUGGGUGAUACUCUGUUUAUUCGACAGUCGAGGAAGAAUGUUGCGUUUAGGAAAAUACAAUCUAAAGCUUAUAACUUUCUGGAGAGACCAAACAGUAGAUAUGAGAUCCUGUAUCACGUGCUCGUGUUCUGCCUCGUGUUCGUGUGUAUCGCCCUCUCCGUGUUCUCUACGAUCAAGGAGCAUGAGGUUGAGGCGGGGGAGAUCUUGUUCCGUCUCGAGAUAGUUAUCGUGAUCUGGUUUAGUAUCGAGUUCACUGUUAGACUCUGGUCGGCAGGAUGCAGGUCCAGGUACCAGGGAUUGUUAGGAAGACUGAAGUUUAUCAAAUGUCCAUUUUGUAUCAUAGACAUAGUUACAAUAUGCGCUUCUAUUGUAGUCCUAUCCGGGCUUGGAGGUCAGGUUUACGCAGCCUCUGCGCUUCGAGGUCUCCGGUUCUUCCAGAUCCUCCGUCUUGUGCGGAUGGAUCGACGUGGAGGAACCUGGAAACUACUGGGUUCUGUAGUUUAUGCUCACAGACAGGAGCUGCUCACAACCCUCUACAUUGCAUUCUUAAUCCUCAUCUUCUCCUCCUUCGUGAUGUACCUGGCGGAGAAGGAUGUAAAUCUCGAGUUUGAAAGCUUCGCUCAUGCGCUCUGGUGGGGUGUUAUUACUCUCUGUACAGUAGGAUACGGUGAUAUAACUCCUAAAACCUGGCAGGGUAAAAUCAUUGCAAGCUUCUCAGCUAUUGCCGGAAUAUCGUUUUUUGCGCUUCCCGCCGGAAUUCUUGGAUCAGGGUUUGCCUUGAAGGUUCAGCAACAGCAGAGACAGAAACACAUGAUACGUCGGCGGGUUCCCGCCGCUACGCUUAUACAAUGCUUGUGGCGGUGUUACGCCGUGACCGACGGGCAUAGUAGUUCUGCAACCUGGAGGAUUCACAUGGUUCCGCCGAAGUCUCCGCCAUCUUUCAAGAACAACACUUCAUUCGUUCACAGACUUUCAAUCCGUAGAACACGACACUCCUUGAAAUCUCCAGUCUUAGAGCACUUCAGAACCAAGCUGAGAGUAGAGACUGAAACAUGCUUUGACGAGGGACGACAGAGCAGAAAAAAUUCUGAACCCUUUUCUCGAAGGUUCUCCGAUGACGAUGACGAAUGUUUGGCCACUUUACCGUUUCUUCUUACUCACAAGCACAAGGGUGCUAUUAGGGCAAUACGUAAACUCAAAUAUUUAGUCGCCAAACGAAAGUUCAAAGAAGCGCUCAAACCCUACGAUAUCAAGGAUGUGAUAGAAAGCUACUCUGCCGGUCACUCCGACCUGGUGACAAAAGUUAAGAGUGUCCAGAAUCGUCUUGACUUGAUCCUUGGCAAAGAUGGUUCUAAGGCUAAGGAUGUGUACGACUCAAAGACAAGUUUGGCCUCAAGAAUAGUGAAUGUGGAAAGACAGGUGGAUAAUAUUGAUGAGAAGCUCCAAGGAUUCCUUGAAAUGUAUCUAGAGGACAGGAAGAAGAUCCUUCAUCUAGCAGUAUCCAAUCAAUCAUUAAAUACAGAGAACCUUGUCUUGGAAGACGAGCGUGAGUUGAACCUGAGUCCUGGUUCUAGUUCCGUCCUAGACUCUAGCUUGACAAUCUGCUCCACGGUAGGACAAGGGACUAGUGGAGAAGAUCUGGACAAAUCAGAACACCAGGAGAAAAGUCCGCAUCAGCUUCACACUUGCUGGAACCUAAACAAUGCAAUCUUAAAUGAUUAAACGUCAUUAUAAUUGAUUGUUUUAAAUAAACAAUUUAUUCAUAGAUUUCAGGGUACAGCAUCUCUAUCGCGAUAUCUCCAAAUGAUCAACAGAAUAGGAAUAAUAGUUGCUAUCGAGAAAAUCCGCCAGCGUAAAAUAUCAAUUUCCAAUCGCUUAAUUGAAGAAAUCCUUCUCUUUGAUUUGAAGAUCACAUGAAAGAUCCGAUAGCACUGAUAAUCCCUUUCAGCUUUGAUCAAUAGACCAAACUUAAUGCAUGAUUUUAUUAAGUAUUAAAUGUUUGUGCUUGCGUUUAAAGCUUGGAAAAUAUUUUUAAUUACUGCUUCAUUCAUCCAUGGCUUUGUAGUCAAUAUUGAUGUCAUAUAAUGAACUUGACUUGUGAUUUGCUUAACUUCAUUUGAUAGCUUUAAUAACUUAAAAUAAACAUUAUUAUCGUGGGUCCCAAAGUGGUUUCACGGUAAUUCUGUCUUUUGGAAUUUUAUGCCACUAAAUUAACGAUCAUAUGAAGAUUGAGUUAGGAUAAGCCAAUUCUAUCCAAACUUCGCAAGAAGAAGAUCCAGGAAUCUUCUAAGAUCCAACGAUCUUUUAUUCGAAAAGUAAUUUCAGCAAUUCUUAAACAAGGAUAAAAAAGUAUAGGUACGGUCGCUAAAUUUUUAAUCAACCUUUAUUACAAGUUUUUAAAGCUAUCACUUUAAACUGACCAUAUUAAAUGUUUAUAUUUAUAAUUGUGUGAUGUGACCUGAGCUUAAUGUGCCAAAGAUUGUGACUAUGUGAUGUUUACUAUGUGUGCUUUCAAUGUUUUUCCUGACUAUUCGUGCUAAACUAUUAUUGUUUGAUUUGCACAAGCUUUCUUGGUAAAUUUUUGUACUGUACUGCUGUACUGUGUACACUGUUCAGCAUAUACAAAGUCAAUACAUUUUUUCAGGGGCUCACCUAAUUAAAAAAAGUCCGCUAAUUGUUGCAAAAAUCUUGAAAAAUUUAAUGUGAAUAAAACUAAAAACUGAGUGGGUGAGUCCCAUUGUAUUAUUAUUAUAAACUUGGACCAAAGAAUCAAUCGAUGAAAUAUCAUAUCUGUUAAAUAUAAAACUGAUAAAUUUUAAAAAUGUUCUUGUUGAAUUCUUUUUGUUCCAGCGAAUUUUUAAUCAAUAAUUAAGUUACAAAUAUUGACAGGCAAUAACUUGUUUCUUAGUUUUUAGACGUAAAGGUUUUUGGACUACAACAGUUAGUAGUUACAACAAAAUACUGCUUCAUAAAAAUAAGGUUCCAACAUUUCAAAACUGUAUUCUGCAAAACUUUGCUUUUCAUCAAUGCUAAAUUCGUUUUCUUGGGGGAAAAUGUACGGGAAAACCAACCAAAAUGGACUGUUUUUUGGGAUUAAUCUUCUCUCAAGGUUAGAUUUAGCAAAGUGUAAGGAAAGCAAAUGUUUUAAAAUAAUUACAAUUUUAAGAUUUUGGUGGAACCAUUAAUAAGUCCAAAAACCUUAGAAACGAAUUUAAACUAAACAAACUAUUGCCGAUAUCGUUUUAAGUGCUGAGAACCCAGAACAGUCAUUAUCAGAAUCUGGAUCAGCAUCAAAAUAGAAUGGACACUGAGUAUUUGUUAUACAUGUUCCAGUUUUAAUCUAAUAUAGUCCAUCUUAUUAUCUACAUUUCCCGGUUUGAAAAUGUUCUACUAAAUCUCCAUAAUAUGAUUGGAUACAGAAAGUUCUCGAAUCUAUAAUUUUGGUUGUGUUACAGA